GUUCCGAUUCCCCACCCGGGUGCACCCAGACACCCAGAGAGCGUUCAGAUUCCUCCCAAGUGCUCUCGCCGGACUCUCAAGUGAGACGUUCAAAUUGUCACUCUAUUCACCCGGGAGAGCGUAAAAACCACCCGGCUCCGUGAGCCGGGUGGUUUGUGAGUGAAGAUGAGUGGCAAUAAGUGCGGGCAAUAUUGAAAAAUCUAGUAAUAUUGUUUUUACAGAUAGGGCGAUCACGCAUUACCAAGAUGCCAACGCCGUUUGGAGACUUCAGAUUCCUACGGAGUGCGUUCUGAUUCCAUUAUCCUCUCAGACACUUUUCGUUAAACUCCGCCCAUCACCCGCUCACCCGACUAUCACCCAUCGGGUGAAGAAUCGGAACACAGCCGAGCGCGGAAACGCGGAAACGCGGAAGAGAAUUGUAACUAGAAAAGUAACUAUUCCGCGUUUCCGCGAAUUGAGUCGUUUCUUUCCGCACAUUUGAGCGGAAUCCGCGGAAUCCGUUACCGUCUCAACAAAACUCAACAAAAGUGUAUAGAAAAUAUAAAAACUUUAUAAAUGGAUGGUCCUGCAACAAAGUGUGGCUAUUGCGGCUUCAUUUUUAGGGGCUCAUGUGGAACAAUUUUGGACCACCAUUGUUUCAAGACAUACAAUGAAACUAUAGAUGUUAUAAAUGUUGACAGCGAUGCUGUGGUUACUAUGAGAAAGAGACAUCAAACUGAAAGUGUUGUGCAACAUGAAGGAGCUUUACAAUCUGAUACACAAUCAAUACUCACACAAGACGAGUUACUAAUUGAACUGGUGCGGACUCGAAGAGGUUUAUGGGAUCAUUCAAUUCCAAUAACCGAAAGGACAAGAUUAAAAAAAGAAAGUUUAUGGCAAGAAAUUGUAAACGUACUUGAUGGAUCUCUGUCUAUGGAAACAGUUAAGCAGAGAUGGAAAUACUUGCGAGAUUCGUACAUAAAGGCUAGAAAGAAGAUGCAAGGAUACGUACGAAGCGGAUUAGGAACAGAAUCUGGCCAUCCUUUACGAAGUUCGUUUGCUCAUUAUGAAGAAAUGAGGUUUCUCGAUGAUACCGUAAAGACGACACCGACUGUCAGCUCCGUCCAGCACCUUUUGGAAGCAAAUUCAUCCCAUGUUGAAGAUAUGCAAAUGGACAUGACUGCUGAAAAUUCUACAGAUCUUGAUGAUUCCAUACAGGGUGUUUCAUAUUCAUCGUCAGAUUCAUCACGAUCUGCAUCAUCAGGAACGAAAAGGAAAAAUGCGCAAAGGCAAGCUGAAAUUGAGAAUAAAUUUCUUAGUAUCAUUGAUGAAGUAUCGAGCAAAAAACGUGAUGUAGUGGAUAGUUUUUUGGACCAGCUUGGUGACAUUCUACGGCGACUACCCUACGUACGACGCAGAAACCUGCAAAGAAGGCUUAUGGAUAUUGCCAUAGAAGAAGAGGAUGCCGAGCUUGAGAAGAGGGCGAGUGCCAAAUAGAUACGUUUUUUUUAAUAUAAUAAAUUGUUCAAUUCGUGUAAUAUGUAAGUUAUAAAGAUUAAAAUAUAUUUUUCUAUUCAAUUU